GCACGUCGCGCGUCUGUGGCGCAUCUUUGUAGAGACCUCUGGCAGCAGCAGACUGAGCGAAACAGAUCGGAUCGAGCACACCUGAGGAAUGGAAAACACAACCAGAGGUCUGACCAACCAGUUCGUGCAGCCUCCGUGGCGCGUCGCGCUGUGGUCGGUGGCUUACAGCACAGUACUGGCCGUGGCGGUCUUCGGGAACCUGAUAGUGGUUUGGAUUAUUCUGGCGCACAAGCGGAUGAGGACUGUCACCAACUAUUUCCUGCUGAACUUGGCUUUCUCUGACGUUUCCAUGGCCGCUUUCAACACGCUCAUCAACUUCAUCUACGCGGCUCACGGAGAGUGGUACUUCGGCCAGGUGUACUGCAGGUUCCACAACUUCUUUCCAGUCACCGCCGUGUUUGCCAGCAUCUACUCCAUGACCGCGAUCGCCAUCGACAGGUACAUGGCGAUCAUCCACCCUAUGAAGCCUCGUCUGCCUGCUAAAGCCACUCUGGGGGUCAUUGUCUGUAUCUGGAGCUUGGCUGUGGUUCUGGCCUUCCCGCUCUGCUACUUUUCCACCAUCCGAACUCUGCCCCAAAGGACCGUCUGCUACGUGGCCUGGCCCCGCAUGGCCGAAGACUCCUUCAUGUAUCAUAUCAUAGUUACAGUUCUGGUCUACAUACUGCCCUUAGUGGUGAUGGGCAUCACCUAUACCAUUGUGGGGGUGACACUAUGGGGAGGUGAGAUCCCUGGAGAUUCAUCUGAUAACUACCAAGGACAGCUACAGGCCAAAAGGAAGGUGGUGAAGAUGAUGAUUAUUGUAGUGGUUACCUUCGCCCUCUGCUGGCUGCCGUAUCAUGUCUACUUCAUCGCGACGGGUCUCAACAAGCGUCUGAGCAAGUGGAAGUACAUCCAGCAGGUUUACCUGUCAGUGCUGUGGCUUGCAAUGAGCUCCACCAUGUACAAUCCCAUCAUCUACUGCUGCCUCAAUAGCAGGUUUCGAGCUGGUUUCAAGCAGGUUUUCCGCUGGUGUCCUUUUGUCCGGGUGUCGAGCUACGAUGAGCUGGAGCUCCAAAGCACAAGACUUCGACCGUGUCACCAGAGCAGCGUGUGCACCAGCAUCCUGAGCAAAGACAAGAGCACUCGUGGAAACAGGUCAAAACCCAACUCUGAGCUGAAUAAUAAAGAUAGUUAGGGUAUUUUUGAUCCAAUGAGCGCACUCCAGCUCAAUGUGAAUUAUUUAUUUGUGGAUUAUUUAUUUCAUUUACAUUAUUUUGAACUGAUUGCUUCAUUUUUUUUUCCUGUGGAUUUUUUUUUUUCACUCACAAACUCAAAGUCUGUUAGUUGCCCCUCAUACAAGAAAAGAGACCAGGGGGAAGAGAGCUUUUCAGUCUGUGGCACCAAGGGUCUCUGAAACAGUUUAACACUCUGGCUUUGUUUAGCAGACUCUGUGAGGUCUUUUUAAAAAGAAAAAAAAAACAACAAAAUUGAAAAACAUUUUUAUUUAAUCAGGCCUUCUGAUGAAUUUUUUUUAUGUGUGUUUUUAUUUAUUUUGAUUCUGUUUUAAAAUGCUUCUCUUGUAAUUAAUUUUGUUUAAUUGUUGUACAUCGAUUUGUGAAUUUAAUGCCUGUGAAAAGUGCUCUACAAAUAAUCUUUACUUACUUAUUAUGAAGGAUUAAAAUUGCGCGCAGAACGAGAAGAAUGACAGCCUCUAUGCUGGUGGUUAAAAACAAACCAACAAAAAGAAAAACAGGUAUGUAGUUGUAAAGCCCUGGCUGUUGAUUUGGGCAAUUUAUUGUGCCUGACAGCUGACAAAGGAAGCGAUGGUGCAAUAAUCCUGAACACGCAUACAUCAUAGACAUAUAUUUUUUUGAUGAAGACUCUUGUGGAUUAUUCUAAUUUUAGAAUAAAUAUAACUAUGAAAUGUUUUGCUUUACUAUUACUGCCUUCCAGUCAUUAAAAUGUUUAAUAGUUUCAUUUUUUUUUAUUAUGACAUGUUUCUGAAUAUAUUUUUGUUAAUAAAAUGUCAAAACUUCAUAUUUUUCGUUGCUUUGUCUACAUGAAUGUUGUGGGCGUAUGUGUAUAAAUUGAAUUAUGUGAUCAUGUGAGAAAUUACAAAUGUGGUGUUUUUUUUUCCUUUUUUGGGGGGUGGGGGAAGGCACUAAAUCACACCAUACAACUGUGACUACAUUUAAUUUCUCAUAAAUGCCUAACAAAGAAUUUUAAAUAUUUCCAUUACUGAGUACCCAGAGGUAAAAAGUGAGAACUUUUUAUAAAAGGUCUAAAAAAAAUUCAAUUUCUCUUGUUUGUUUUGAUUACAUUAACACAUUUGACAUCAUUGUAGAUCUCAGUGGCUCUGAUCAACUUCAGCAUCAAAAGUAAUGUUGCUUUACUGACUUUAAUGUCUUUAAAUCAGUUUUAGUGACACUGUUUUUGGAGGUGUUCAGAUGUUACCUGUGUUUCAUGUUUGUACAUGUUAAUUCACAAGUGCUUGCUGAUGUAGUUGCAGGAAGCAUGUGCCGUGUGAACUGUGUGGUUUUUCUGUAUAUAGGUGUUCUAACAGUAUGUAGGUAUUAAUGUAAGUAAAUUGUUAAUAAUAAUAAUAAUAUGUAUUAUAAUAUUUAAAUAUUUUGCUGCUGACUCACACAUGAAUACAAAAAAAAGACAUAUUUAGCCUUUACAGUGUGAAUGUGUGUUUGUGUGUGUCACUAAUGUGAAGUCUAAUGAUGAGUGUUACAUUUAGACAGUAAUUAUUGUCCGGCUACUGGGCGAGUGACGUAUUAUGGUGUUUAAUUUGGGGAAGUAGGACUU